UUGGGCUUCCGGCUGGGCAUCAUCAAGGAUUGGCGGACUCACUGGUACGCCAACAGCGGCGCACAGUACCGGGCCGGCGUGCAGCAGGACCUUACGCUGCGGCGCACGAUUCACCGCGAGUACUCUGCCUUCUCGGAUGCCGGCAUUGCGAAGAUCGAGAUUGACCGCACGGCCCAGGAAACCAUCAUUAACAUCCAUUCGGCGAGGCCCGGUAUCCUGAUCGGCCGCGAUGGCGACCGGGUCAAGGGGCUCCGUGCCCGUUUGGAGAACAUGUCUCCCGGCAUGCUCCGGCUGAACAUCAUCGAGAUCGAACAGCCGGAACUGGACCCGUACCUCGUUGGCCGGAACAUCGCGGACCAACUGAGCCGUCGCGUGGCCUACCGUCGCGCCAUGCGCCAGGCCGCCCUGCGCACGAUGCAGGCUGGCGCCGAGGGCAUCAAGAUCAUCACCAAGGGCCGGAUCUCCGGCGCGGAGAUCGCCCGCACCGAGAAGUUGAUGAUGGGCCGGGUGCCGCUGCACACGCUGCGAGCCGACAUCAAUUAUGCGCUGUCCGAAGCGGGCACCGCCAUGGGGCGCAUCGGCAUCAAGGUAUGGAUCUACAGGGGCCAGAUCAUGCCGCCGGCCGCCGAAGACGAUGGCGAGCUGGAAAGCAUCGAGUUCCGCGUCACCAGCCAGGACACUGAAGCCGAGCUGCAGGCCGCGGAGUUGGAGAACUAG